UGACGUCAUCCGGACGCCAGGGGGCGCUGACGCUCCGUGGCGCUGCGCGAGUGCUGUUGAACCUCAAGAAGAAGCAGGAGUGCACCGUUCCUGGUGAAAGGCAACAUGGCGUUCAGUUUUGGCGGCGCCACGAGUAACCCAGCGGCAAGCAAUUCCGGGUUCUCGUUUGGUUCAUUUGGUGCCAAGACCACAGCAUCAUCUGCUUUUGGCUUUGGCACCGCACCGACCACCACCACCGCCGCAUCCGGAUUCGGCACUCUCACAGCUCCUAGUUUUGGGGCAGCCGCCACCACCACCACUGCUGCUGCACCCGCCACGGGAUUUAGUUUUGGCUCCACCAACACUGGAUUUGGGGGGCUGGGAGCUGGAAACACCACGGCUGGUGGGUUUAGUUUUGGAGGGUUUGGUUUAAAUGCCAACCCAGCAGCAGUCAGCUUUAAUGUGGGGUGCUUUGGUACAGCUACCACUACUGGCACUGUUUUCAAUUUUGGUAAUAGCCUGGCUAGCACAGGUGCGUUUGGCGGAUUUGGGACUACUACAACUAGUGCUGCUGCACCAGGGUCCACUUUCAGCUUUGCUACUCCCUCCAACACCACAGGGAGCCUUUUUGGUAACACACAGAACAAAGGGUUUGGGUUCACCUCUGGACUCGGCACUGGUACAGCUACUGGGACCGCAGGAUUUGGAACAGGAUUAGGAACCACUGGCCUGGGUGGAUUUGGAGGCUUUAAUAUCCAGCCAAAUCAGCAGCAGCAAGGAGGUUUGUUUGGCCAGCAGGCCCAGCAGCAGGCUCAACCUACCCAGCUUUACCAGCAGGUUACUGCUCUGUCAGCUCCCACAUUGUUAGGAGACGAGCGGGACUCCAUCUUAGCCAAAUGGAACCAACUGCAGGCUUACUGGGGGACUGGGAAGGGCUUCUAUAGCAACAACAACCCGCCAGUGGACUUUACCCAGGAAAACCCUUUCUGUAGAUUUAAGGCAGUGGGCUAUAGCUGCGUCCCACAGAGUAAGGAUGAAGAUGGUUUUGUGGUCUUGGUUCUCAAUAAAAAGGAAGCUGAUGUGCGAGCGCAGCAGCAGCAGCUGGUGGAGUCGCUUCACAAGGUCCUUGGAAGUAACCAGACACUCACUGUCAAUGUAGACGGGGUCAAGUCCUUGCCAGAUGACCAGACAGAGGUGGUCAUUUACGUGGUUGAGCGUUCUCCUAACGGCACUUCUAAGCGUCUUCCUUCCACCACGCUCUUCGGUUACCUGGAGCAGGCCAACAUUAAGGUUCAGCUUACACAGAUUGGGGUGGCCAUGUCCAUCACACGCACAGAGCUGUCUCCAGCACAGCUCAAGCAGCUGUUGCAAAAUGCUCCUGGAGGAGUUGACCCCAUCAUUUGGGAGCAGGCCAAGGUGGAUAACCCUGACCCAGAGAGGUUAAUUCCAGUUCCCAUGGUGGGUUUUAAGGAACUCUUGCGCAGGCUCCAGAUUCAGGAGCAGAUGACCAAGCAGCACCAAACCAGAGUGGAUAUUAUUGCAAAUGACAUCAGUGAACUGCAGCAGAACCAGGCAACCACUGUGGCCAAGAUUGCCCAGUACAAGAGGAAGCUGAUGGAUCUCUCUCACAGGGUGCUCCAGGUGCUAAUUAAACAAGAGAUUCAGAGGAAAAGUGGUUAUGCUAUCCAAGUGGACGAGGAGCAUCUCCGAGUGCAGCUGGACACCAUUCAGUCUGAACUCAAUGCACCCACACAGUUCAAGGGUCGCCUGAAUGAACUAAUGUCUCAAAUCCGGAUGCAGAACCAUUUUGGAGCCGUGAGAUCAGAAGAGCGGUACAGCGUCGAUGCAGACCUCCUCAGAGAAAUCAGACAACACUUGAAGCAGCAACAGGAUGGCCUAAGUCAUUUGAUCAGUGUCAUCAAAGAUGACUUGGAGGACAUCAAACUCAUAGAGCAUGGGUUGAGCGACAGUGGACACAUGAGAGGAGGCAUCUUGAGCUGAGACUGCCCUAUAUACAGGCACAUCUCUGCUGCGUCGGCCCACACAAGCCAACACACAUUGGGUCAAACUUGAACUGAAGGUUACAUUUAAAGGAGAGACUUUUAUUCACUACUUUAUCAGGUUUAUCAGAACUCGUUAUCAGAACCAACAAAUCAGUGACCCGAUAUAGAGACCUUAAUGGAAAGACUCAGUCUCUUCUAUUAAUAGCUGGCUUCUCUCUUGUCGAAUCAAAUUAUGAAUGAGACUAUGAACGUGGCUGGCAUGUAAACAAGCUUUGGGGUUGGGUGUGCAUUGUUAUUGAAAGAUUGUAAAUACAUCUUUAUUUGUUUUGUAUGCUGUUGGUAGAAUAUUAUUAAAUUUCAUUUAAAUAAACUCUAUCUCAUUUCAUGUGCACAGUGCAAACAUGGACCAACUCCAGUGAAGGUUCUGUGUUUCUGCAGUGCCACUAUGAGUGAGAUUGCAUGCA